GACCCAGUUCUAUUAUCCAUACCAAGAAAAAAAAAAAGCCUAUCUUUUUCACAUUCAUUCACUCUCAAACUCAAAGACCCACAGAGCUUCAAUAAGGGGGGGCCUUUGUGCAUAGGAGUUUCUGCAACUCUGCUCAGAAUGGCUUGCAGAGUUGCUGACUCUAUGUUCCUUUUCAUGGCCCCCCAUCAAAAGCCAAGUAGAAGUCACAAAAUUUUAGCCCAUUGUUCUCCAGGCAUAUGUUAUCUGAAGGGGGAAAGAGUUAUCCAGAAGGGAAUCAGGCAUCAGCAAUUUUUACUUCCAAAGAGAAAGAGUAGAGUUAUACAAGCUGUUGCAAUUCCAGUUGUACCAUCUCCAGCAGACACUGCUGAGUAUAGAAAACAAUUAGCUGAAAGCUAUGGUUUUAAGCAAAUUGGAGAACCACUUCCUGACAAUAUUAAAAUAAAGGAUAUCAUUAAUACCCUUCCAAAAAAGGUUUUUGAGAUUGAUGACGUGAAAGCAUGGAAAUCAGUGUUAAUAUCAGUCACUUCCUAUGCAUUGGGACUCCUCAUGAUUUCAAAAGCCCCAUGGUAUCUACUUCCUUUGGCUUGGGCAUGGACUGGGACUGCAGCAACAGGGUUCUUUGUUAUAGGACAUGAUUGUGCUCACAAAGCAUUUUCAAGUAACAAAUUAGUGGAAGACAUUGUUGGAACCUUGGCCUUUUUGCCGCUAAUAUACCCAUAUGAGCCAUGGAGAUUUAAGCACGAUCAACAUCAUGCAAAAACAAACAUGUUGAGUGAAGAUACAGCUUGGCACCCUGUUUGGAAAGAGGAAUUUGAAUCAUCUCCUAUUUUGCGCAAGGCAAUUAUAAUUGGAUAUGGGCCACUUAGACCGUGGAUGUCUAUAGCUCACUGGUUGAUGUGGCACUUCAAUUUGAACAAGUUCAGACCAAGUGAAUUGAAAAGGGUGAAGAUAAGCUUGGCUUGUGUGUUUGCUUUUAUCGCAAUUGGAUGGCCAUUGAUUAUCUACAAGACGGGGAUCAUGGGAUGGGUCAAGUUCUGGUUGAUGCCAUGGUUGGGCUAUCACUUUUGGAUGAGUGUUUUCACCAUGGUCCAUCAUACGGCUCCUCACAUACCAUUCAAAUAUUCAAAUGAGUGGAAUGCUGCUCAGGCCCAGCUUAAUGGAACAAUUCAUUGUGAUUACCCUCGAUGGGUUGAGAUUCUCUGUCAUGAUAUCAGUGUCCACAUCCCCCACCAUAUUUCUCCAAGGAUACCAAGCUAUAAUCUGCGGGCAGCCCACAAGUCUCUUCAAGAAAAUUGGGGAAAGUAUCUGAAUGAGGCUACUUGGAAUUGGCGUUUGAUGAAGACGAUAUUGACCGAAUGCCAUGUUUAUGAUCAGGAGCAAAAUUAUGUUCCUUUUGACAAACUUGCCCCUGAAGAAUCUCAGCCAAUCACAUUUCUCAGGAAAGCAUUGCCUGAUUAUGCUUAAUUUAUCGUUUGCCUUGUGGGGUCCAUUUCUCUUUGGUUCUUUCUUAUCUGUUAUCUUUUACUUUUUUGGGGCAAAUUAGAUUUGGUAUUUCAUUCAUCAUCUUUUGGUAUUUCUUAAGUUGUACAACACAUUUUUAAGAUCUCUGAUUAAUAAAGAAAGUUAAUUGAAGGAA